AUGAACGAAUUCCGGAAGAUAUGGCCGGCAGAGGAAGCGGAAAUUUAUGGCGGUGAUAAUCGCAUCGAUCAUCUCAGUAGGAAAGUCGAGCACGAAGAGAAAUUCCACGUUGGUGAGAUGGAGAUAACUGCUCUGAAGACACCGUGCCACACGAAAGGUCAUAUUUGCUACUAUGUCUCUCAUCCUGGAGACAAACAUCCGAUCGUCCUUACUGGAGAUACGCUCUUCAUAGCAGGGUGCGGGAAAUUUUUCGAGGGUAGCGCUGCAGAGAUGCACCAUAAUUUAAACGAAAUACUUGCAAAGCUACCGAACGACACCUACGUCUACCCAGGGCAUGAAUACACCUACAGUAAUCUGAAAUUCGCUCAUCACAUCGAGCCAAGUAAUGAGAAUGUUAAACGUAAACUCGAAUGGGCUGCACAGAAAAAAGCACAGAACAUCCCCACGGUUCCUUCAACUAUUGGAGAAGAAAAAGAGACGAAUCCAUUUAUGAGAACGACUUCAUCAGAAAUUCAACAGAAAGUUGGUGCCACCGAACUUGUGACGGUGAUGGAUCGUGUGCGGGAAGCAAAAAACCGCUUUAAAGGCUGA